AUGGGUGACGCAAUGGCGUGCUGGAUCCGCGAGUCUAUGCGGUCUCCGAACGGACCCGUUACCCCCUUGGCUUACAGGGCGUUUUCCUUCACGAGGAUAAACGGCAGCAAAGGGGCGUUGACUUUGGUGUUGAAGAUGUACGAUCAGGUUGUUUGUUUUGUUGGCUGUCAUAUGCCUGCUUCGGGAGUGAAGGGGAGGUUCCGUGCAAGACAACAUAUUCGGCAAAAGUUAGCUCAGGUGUAUUCAUAUUCUUCUGAAGUCGAUUUCACGCGCGUCUUCCAUCACGUAAUAUGGGCGGGAGACUUCAACUUCAGGCUGCAGGCUUCGCCUGAGGUGUACAUGCCGCUGCUGGAGAAGCAAGACAUGGAAAGUUUGCUGCAGUACGACGAGUCUAGGGAAGACUUCGGUCAAGACAUGGUCCUCCACCAAAUGCGAGAGGCGCCUGUUCGUUUUUUGCCGACAUACAAAAAGGCUGAUGGGCGCCCGCCUUUAAAUACUGAGGACCCUGAUUGGAUAUUAAAGGAAUAUCAAACACAAAUGAAGAAAGGAGUUCUAGGGCAACGCGUGCUUAUGGCCAGUGACCAUUCUCCUGUGGGCUGCGGUCUUCAUCUCUUCGCCCUCGACGGCGAAGCGCCUCCUGUCUUCUUCGAAGGCUCGGCAGAGGGAGCAUAUGCAAAGAGCCAGCUAGCUAGCUAG